AUGGCAUGCAUUCAGAGAAAGAAUGUCCUAAAUUUAACUAUUGAAAAAUUAGAAGAUGAUUUAGUGAAAGAGAUCGAGGGACUUGAAACAGAUACUGAUAAGGAGUACAAUAUCAAAUGUGAACUAAAGACGAUGACUGUUUUAACAAAUCUCGUUGAACCAUUCUACCACACCCACCAUCCAGAACAUCCCACAAUCACAUCGUCAACCACAACUAAAGAAUUCAAAAAGGAGGACCACCUGUAUGACCUAUUCUCUAAGUCUGCUGCUGACUCACCUCAGCCUUCUGCUACAAUGCAGCAGCCAUCACUUUCUUUAAGAGAUAUUGAGUUCAUUAAGCCCUCUGUGCAACUUGACAUCACAUCCAAGGGUGCAACCUACCAUGACGACAGACUGGGGCUCCAUAUUGACGUGCCUGAGGAAGCAGUAUCAGAAGAUCUAUCUCUCAACAUUGGUAUGACUCUGUACAGACCGUUUCAGUUUCCUUCAGCACCAAUUUCUCCAAUACUGGUACUGGAACCAAAUAAUAAAACUCAACUUCACAAACCUGUGAGGGUUACACUACCACACAUUAUAAGAGGAGAGAAGUUCUGUGCCCGGGUCAUGAAAGCAAGUCAUGUUAGUGAUCUUCUGACUGGCGAGUACAAGUUUUGUGAUAUUGCUGAAGAUUGUGAAGUUGAACUUCACACUCGAAACAACAAAUGUUUUGCCACCUUUUCACUAUCACAUUUUUGCUUUGUUGCUCUCCGUAUGGAUGCAGGCAGGCAGGAGUAUGCGUACCAAGUAGGCUGUUGCAUCUGUCCCAUGGUCCCAUCUCAUGAUGCAAUGAACUCUCCAGAGUUCACAUUCAUUCUCGGUGUCACAUACUUCAUGGCUCCCUGUUUGGAGGCAAUUACGCAGCAGUUUCCAGACUACAAACUUAUCGACAGGAGCAUAGAAUUAUUUGCAGUUGACAAAUCUGAAGGCUCCAUACAAGCAUCCCUUGUUGGUGAAGAGAGCAGUGCUUGUGGAUGGGUGGCCUAUAUAAACAAUGCUGAUCUCGAUGGAACAAAGAAAAUGAAAGUUAAAUCGAUUGAUCUAUGGAGUAAAGAUCCCAGACAGCUCAUGCUUGAGGUGACACAUCGUAUGUAUCCGCCAUCUUUUCAAAUAACUGUUCUCUCUGCGACUGGAGGAGUAACGGGUCCUUCGUUUGUUAAAGUCCAGUUUGAACCUAGCACUGGUGACCACUUCUGCAUCACCCUUCCUCUGUUAAAAGUAAAAUCUCCGGCUCAGCGUCCUGGGACCAACCAAUCUAUAAGAGCUGGUUUGGUCCUAACGAAGGAUCACUUGCAACCUUUGAAGGAGCAUCUCUGGGAGGUCCGCACAAGUUGGAACUCCCUAGCUGGUGCUCUGAGACUGGGUAUGCCUGAUAUCAAGGAAAUUCAACACAACCAAUCCUAUCGCAAUGAUGGGGACCGACUACAGGAGGUCCUCUGGGCCUGGAUUAACACAGGCAGUGCUACCAUCCAUGAUCUGCUACAAGCUCUGGACAACCCCACUGUGGACUGUAAGCUCUGCUCGAACAAGCUUCGUUCUCUGAACAUUGAAGAAAGAGAGCGAUUGGGUCUAUGUGCAGUUAACUCUGCCUGCACACUGUGUGUGCGUGACGUACAUGUACCAUAGAAUUAGAUAUAUAGGACCAAUUUUCUACAAUAAUUAGCUGUCUGUAAAAUUAAUGCAUGUGCAUGUUGAGAACUGAAAAAGCUAGUAGGCGAUUAUUUAAUAUUGUAGCAGGCUAAUACGAGCGUAAAUAUUUCCAUAGCAACCUGAACACUGGCAGAGUGCUGUCAUAAUUAUAAUAUUACUUUCAUGUCUUUAUUACUACAAAUCUGAUGUCAUAAUAACAAUGUCUCAAUAAUAGCAAUUGAUACAAA